UGUUGGACGCCGCUGCAAGUUUGUGGAUACUUUGUUGUUGAAAGGCUUUGUUAUUGUUCCCUUUCAAAUGUUAACAUUUAAUAUCUGCAGUUGAAGCAGAACGUCAAAUGUGUUAUUUUAUUUAGGAAUGGAAAGAGAAGCAAAGACUACUUUGUGCGAGACAAAAGGAAAUAUCAAGGCUUGAUUGGCAUUUCUAAAUGGAUACCCUAGGAACUACUUCAGUUGAUCCCGAUGUAUCUGUGUGUCGACCUACAAAGAAAAAAGGAUCGCAUAAACAUAAGCACAAGCAUCAUGUGGAGCUGAGCGUGCCAGUUUCCCCACCUGUACGAAAUAUUGUUGGUUGCAUGAUAAAGCACAACUGGAAGGAGGAUUGUUACAGUCCAAACUCACACUGGACAGGGACAGUUUUAGACCAGUGCCCUGUAAACCCAUCUCUCUUCCUCAUUAAGUAUCAUGGUUUUGACUGUGUAUAUGGCCUGGAGAUUUUUCAAGAUGAGAGAGUUUCAGACCUAGAGAUUUUACCUGUCAAAAUCCCCAAAUAUAAAAUAAGCGAUGCUCGUUUGGCUGAGAGGAUGUUGGGUCGAGCCGUGGAGCACCAGUUUGAGACAGAAAAUGGUUUAAAGAAUGGAUGGAAAGGCUUGGUACUCGCUAGAGCUCCCAUCAUGCCAACGUGGUUUUUCAUUACUUACGAGAAGGACCCUGUUCUUUACAUGUACCAGCUUCUUGAAGACUACAAAGAGGGUGACCUUCAAAUACUUCCAGAUGACCUCACUGAAGUGAAAGAACCUGGUGAGGUUGCUGAGAACCUUGUUGGAAAACAAGUGGAGUACGUGAAGGAGGACGGUACAAUAAGGAAGGGUACAGUCAUUCAACAGGUUGAGGCAAAGCCAACAGUGUACUUCAUUAAAUUUGAUGAUGACUAUCACAUUUAUGUUUAUGAUAUGGUUUAAGCAUGGAUGAUUGUUCAUGUAAUACACUAAACUUUUAUCAUCAAUGCUAUUGGUGUACUGUAAAUGAUUCUUAUUUUGUGUUUAUUAUGGUUAAUGUCCAAUUGUGUUUUUUGGGUUUUGCUGCCUUUUACUGUCUGUUCGUUUUAAGGACAUUUUCUCAUUACUUGGUUAUACCUACUUGAUGUAACUUUUUGAAUUGUUACAGGGGAUUGCUGUUACUUUGUGGAUGUUUUUUGUCUUUUUUUUAAUGUCUGCCUACACUAAAGAGUUGUAUUUUCAUGAUCAUAAACAACAGCACAGACUGACUUAUUUUCUA